AGUGUCGAUAGAUGGGGGGGAUUUGGAGAGUUUACUCUAUUAUAGGGUAGCAAAAUUCAGUUGAACUAGCUUUGGUAUAGGCUAAGGGUUUCAGGGUCCCAGCGGCACCUCCCCACACAGAAAUUUCUAAGGUACCCCCCGGGCCUCAGGGGCAGUGUGGUUCAUAGACAGCUCGAGUCACGGUUGUUUACACACCAAACAAAUCAUGACAAUGGGCCAAGCGGAUGUGGUGUGAGUGUCCUGCGGUUUUGAACAGUUUCGAUGAUUCUUUAUUUUCUUAAUAAAUGACAUUCAUUUGGUCUGGCAUCAGGAACGCGCUGUUUGAUGUUCCGAUGAAAAGUUGGCGACGAUUUGAUCGGCGACAGUGGCCGUGGUCAACACUCACAAUUGUUGCUUAUACGUGAUCAAAAUGAUGGGCGAAUCAAGUCAACCAAAUAACUCUGCCGCUGUCGAGUUGAACUGCUCCUUUCUGAGUUCGAUGAAUUUAUAUUUGCUCGUGGCCGGAAUAAUCGGCUUAUUGUUCAACAUUUUUCCAUGGAUGGUGUGCUACGCCAAACUUCGUACAAUGUGUGGUCGAAGCAGUAGGGAUGUGCUGUUAAUGUCGCUGGUUUUGGUGGACUUUUUAACCGUUUGCAUACCGCUUCCUAUAUACCUCUCGAUGAACAACAACUGCUCAAGGACUCAGCGAAAUAGCCGCAUCGAAAGACCGUCGAUUUGCGAGAUUUUCUAUUUGAUGUUUGUCUGGUUGAAACUGGCCGCGAUGUUUAUCAUUACGACGGUAAACUAUACCUCCUACUUGGCUGUCACCGCGCGAGGAGUCUAUCGAAGUAUUGGAGAUAGAAUCUCGUCUUCUUUAGCGUGCUCUAGAUACGAGCAAAAACAUCGAGAAAAGCGAAAUUCGUCCAUUGUGAUUGCGAAUUUGGUGAUUGGAAUAGCCAUAGUGGCCUUUUUAAUAGCUUCGUUGCCCUACAUUGGUCUUGGUCCAGAAGGAAUAACACCAUGGAAAGCGACACAGCCGUCUGGGGACACAGUGUCAUCUGAAACGAACUUCACAACGACGUUGUUUUGUUCCCUAGAGCAAAUAAGUUACCCAAGGCAGAACAAAGAAUAUACGUUUCUAUUUGCGGUGUUAAUGAGCAGCAGCGCCUGCUUUUUGCUACAGACUGUUCACAAUAUUCUAAGCUGUUUCAGCUGUGCAAGUUAUUCCGUUGGCGAUGCAUCUUCGUUCACUACUGCCGUGCGAGGCUCGAGAUCUUUCGCCUUCUACAACCGAAGGCUUGGAGCGGAGAGAGACUUCGCCAAGAUGGUAUGUGUGCUGGGGUUGACUUUUCAUUUGACCUGGAUUCCUGUCAUGGUUGCUGUUGGUUGCAUAAUGUCUGGUUACCAGAUCAGCACCGAAUUCUCCCAAUACGUCAUAGCUGCAUCGUUCUUACAACCCAGUCUCAAUCCGGUUUUCUUCGCAGUGUUUCUACUGGAGUUUAGAGAGGGUUACAUGGCAGUGUUGCAUUUUGUCCCAGAGAAGAUCGUCCGACUUUGCAAAGAAUGUGUGACGCUACCUAAUAAACCAAACGAAGUUAUCACGAACUCUGCCGCCGCAGCCCUGCCAAUGGAGAAUGGAGAUCAAGUCUAAAACGAUAAUCUUGAAUUUUAGCAAACGACGAAACGUCUAAUGGCCUCUUUGAUGUCAUCAGCCAUCCCUCGCUUUGAAGGAUUAUUGUUUACAUGGUGAAAGCUUAAGUGACCCCUCAGUGCAGCGUUUACCAGUUGUGCAACAAAGUUUUAUCAUUAGACGUUCAAAAGCAAGCCCUUAGGAGUAGCUGCUUCAAUGUGCAUGAGAAGGAGGUGGAGCAGACUUUCUCAAGGUGUCAAGCACAAGAUGAAUUAAUGCUUGAAAAUGACAGUGCUGGUCAUAUUAACAUCGUCGAGAAAUGUACCGUGAAAUGUCCCUAGCAACAAUCUCAAGCGCUUAAUCAAGUAAGCCCUUAUUAGGGUGAAAUUUGAAUAUAUCUUCUUUUAGCAGUUUCUUUCUUUGAAGACUAACGUAAAGCACUGAGAAAAAGAAGAGAAAAAAAGUUUAUAGUAUUUGUGAACUAAUAUAAAUGACAAGAAAGCCUAAGACAAGUGAAUGUGUAUAUACGACAAGCGACAAGGCGAAGGAAGAAAAAUACGGGGGCUCCCUAUUUUUUUCUAUCGUACCUUCCCCCACCCCCCCUUUUUUUUCCUCGGGGCUGCUUCCCAACUAAUCGAACGCGGCUAGGUGACGGGUCUCCAAAGCGUCGUCCUGAUUUCAACCAAAGUGGAGGACAAUGAAAUUCAAUUUUAAUGAAGUGGUAUUUGGUAAUAAUUUGCAUAUGUAAAGUGAACAUUUUUUUAUUCGCUAGCUGCUGUUUGUCUCGUAGAAACGGAAUAUACGUUGCUUACAUGACCAACUAUUAAACUGAAGAAAAUAACUUGCA